AUGGCGACGGUUGCGAGCUCCAGCGCGGCGAAGAGGGCAAAGGUCAAGGCCAAGACGACGAAGGCGAAGGGGAAUUUCAAGGCGAAGAAGAAGGCAACGGCGACUCCGAGGCCAAGAGGACGCCCUCGCAAGCGGGCCCAUCUCCCGACCGCCAACAUCCCAACUAGGUCGACCUUCAGUCACGCCCCCACACCAGCUGUCCAAGACGGUGCAGCCGCCAUCGCCUGUCAAAUCCGACCGUUGGCGGCGCUCAGAGCGUAUCCGCCUGCUCCUCGAGCGGCGCGCCCAACUUGCGACCGAGGCGGAAUGAGUACGAUAUCGCCCAUGAUCCUGCGCUCCCUCGGCAGCCGCUCGGUCGAAGUCCACGCCCCCACUGUGAUUGAAGUCAACCCGCUCGUCGCCAAGAUGUAUUGCCUCCACUUCGCCCCGGCGUGGAGCGAGGAGCAGCAUGAGCGCAAUAUCUGGAACCCGCCGUAUCGCCCCAGUCCCUGGCUGGAGCCGUGGUGCAGCAUCAGCGCGCCGCGCCGUGGAUGGCCGCCAAGUCCUGGUUGGUGCGGUACACACGCUGCGUGA